CUCUGUAGUCGAGCCGUAGCGUCAGCCGGGUCCUCCUGUUUCAGCUGAGCUCCUCCUCCUGUAUUUGUGAAGUGUCGAGUUUAACGUCUGAGUGACUUUCAGGUCGGACGUUGUCAGACACUCCUGUGUAGCAGCAGCCCCGUCGUCAUGUUGAGGCUGGGUUUCUGCCUGUGUUUGGUGGCAGCUGUGCACGCACAGCAGUCCUUCCUGACGCAGCCUUUGGUGACACAGCAGCAACAGCCUCUAGCGCAGCAACAGCUGUCACUAGCUCAGCAAGACUCACUUUUACUGCAAGAUCCCCUUCUUCUACAACAAGGUUCACUGUCGCUACAACAGCGGCCAUUAUUGCAGGGAUCUCUAUCAGUCCAGGAUACUCUGGGCUUACAGCAAGAUCAACGCCUCGCGUUACAAGAUCCUCUUUUAAUAGGUCAAACUUCCCUCGGAAAAGCUGCCCUUCCUCAGCUGCAAACAUUUGAACAACAGUUGCAGAAUCCGUCAGCAGCAACAAGCUCUUCGACUGCGGGAAGAAGCUCGCCGGCAACAAGAGCGAAGGAGACAGCAGGAACUCGCUCGCUUGAGGCUGUUACGCCGUCAGGAAGAGGCUCUCCGUCAACGGCAGGCACAGCUCCAGCGAGCACAGAUUCUGCAGACUCAGACACAGUUGGAGCAGGCACAGCUUCUGCAGAAUGAAGCACAGCUUCUGCAAACUAGGACACGUCUUCAGGAAUCACCAUCACAGCCGCAAGGCCAGAGGAUAGGGCGGCCUUCCAUACCCAUCCUCGAAGAUAAUCGUGACGGCCCCUUCCAGGACGGCACCUACUACUUCACGUACUCUACUGGCAACGGUAUCCUGAGGGAGGAGGGUGCCAGGCUCACCAGUCCUCUCACC